ACCGAUAUAUCGAACAAGAAGCGGAAGUCCUGUGAAGAGAAAACAUUUGUAAGAAGUUAGUUAGCUAGGUGGCUAGCUAUCUGGUAUUAACUUAUUUCACAAUAGAAAAGGCGGAAAAUCGCUGAUUUUCUUCAAGACUAAAUCGGCUUUACACUUUGAUUAGUUAGUGGACUAACUGCAGUUUAUUUGCGGGAGGACAAAGCAAAAGGCAGCUGAGAUGGAUCCAGCUCUCCUUAGAGAGCGUGAGCUGUUCCAAAAGAGAGCUCUUUCCACUCCCGCUGUAGAAAAGCGGCCAGCCGCAUCAGAAUCUGGAUCUCACAAGAAGAAGAAACCCAAAGUAGAUAAGGAGAGCUCCUCUGGAUCCAAAAACAGCUCUGAAUCUGCAAAUGGAAGCAUUAACAGCAAGGCAAGCGCUGGUUACAAGUUUGGCUGCCUGGCCAAGAUUGUCAACUACAUGAAGACGAGGCAUCAGAAUGGCGACACCCACUUCCUGACCCUUGAUGAGAUACUGGAUGAGACCAAACUUCUUGACAUCAGUCUGAAACAGAAACAAUGGCUAAUGACUGAGGCCUUGGUCAACAACCCAAAAAUUGAGGUUCGUGACGGAACUUAUGGCUUUAAGCCCAAAUACAACCUGAAGGACAAGAAAGCUUUACUGAGGCUGCUGGACAAACAUGACCAGCUAGGGCUGGGAGGAGUGCUGCUGGACGAUGUGGAAGAGGGACUCCCUAAUUCUGCUAAGGCUAUCAAGGCUUUGGGGGAUCAGAUUGUAUUUGUAACGAGACCAGACAAGAAAAAGAUCUUGUUCUACAAUGACAAGCAUUGCCAGUUUGUAGUAGAUGAAGAAUUUCAAAAGCUGUGGAGGAGUGUACCAGUGGACUCCAUAGAUGAAGAGAAAAUUGAAGAGUACUUGAAAAAACAGGGCAUUUCUUCCAUGCAAGAGACUGGACCAAAGAAAGUGAUGCCAGUUCAAAAGAGAAAGAAGCAAAGCGGGCAGAGGAAGAGACAAUUCAAAACCCAUAACAACCAUCUGGCGGGAGUUCUGGAGGACUACACGGAUGGUGUGCCUGCGAAGAAGUGAAACCCCUCACUUUAAUCCGAGUUGGCAGCAGAUGAAGCCGCUGGCUAUACAAUAUAGACUUUGUUGUGGUUCUGUCAAAAAACAGAAACAACCUAGCAUGUUUCUUUAUUUUCAUUCCCUCCAGGGAUCAGUAGACAUUACAUGGAGCCAAUAGCAGCAGUGUUGUGGAAUGCUUUUUAGUCACUGGUCAAUAAACCUCAAGGACAUUUUGGGAAGAGUACUAAGAUCUGUAAGCACAUGAAGGCUGGACAGAAGUGGGCACAUCAUCCUUACAGAUAUAAUGAAAAUGCGGUUAAUAUAUGUUAAUAUUACUCUGAUUAUUUUUAGUUGAAAGCAAAGACGUGUUUUGAAAGGUGCAAUUUGAGUAAAGAGAUGUUCUGAUGUUAACUAGAUGUGUGGAAGGCCCAGCAUGAAAACAUCUCCAUAUUUUCUUAUUGUGGACUCUCAGAAGACUCCAGUGCUUUUACUUUGUAGAACCGUGGUACAGUGGUUCAAAAUACAAGAUUUUUUGAUUUAUUUUAAUAAACUUCAUUGUUUCACAA